AUGUCCAAGAUCGAUAAGCUGUCCGUCCAGGGCAUCCGCUCCUUUGGCGGCAGCCGCGAGACCAUCUCCUUCUACACCCCGUUGACCCUCAUCGUCGGUUACAAUGGCUCCGGAAAGACCACAAUCAUCGAGUGUCUGAAGUACGCCACCACCGGCGAGCAGCCCCCCAACAGCAAAGGAGGCGCAUUCGUCCACGACCCCAAGUUAUGCGGAGAAAAGGAAGUAAUGGCUCAGGUCAAGCUUGCCUUCACCUCGACAGGCGGCCUCAAGUUCGUUGCCACUCGAAGCCUCCAAUUGACCGUCAAGAAGAACUCCCGAUCGCUCAAGUCCCUCGAGGGCUCUUUGGCCUGCAACAACAAUGGCGAGCGAACCGUCACCUCGUCCAGAGUCGCGCAGAUGGACGAGUGGAUUCCGAGAGAGCUGGGCGUGUCUCGGGCCAUUCUCGACUACGUCAUCUUCUGCCACCAGGACGAAUCCCUCUGGCCCAUGAGUGAGCCUGCCGCAUUGAAGAAGCAGUUCGACCAGAUUUUCGAGGCGAUGCGAUACACGAAGGCCAUCGACAACUUGAAGCUUCUCAGAAAGAAGCAGGGCGAGGAGCUGUCCAAGCUCAAGAUCUUUGAGGAGCAAGACAGAAUCAACAAGGAGAAGGGCGAUCGAUCCCAGAAACACGCCCUUGACCUGGAAGAGGAGAUCGAGGCCGCCAGACAAACUUGUCAGGAUAUGUCGGCCGAGAUGGAGGAGCUUGAGGAGCAGAUCCGCCAAAAGCACGACCAAGCGAACAGCUUUCUUCGCGUCGUCAACGACCUUCGGUUCAAGAGAGAUCAGCUCAAGUACCGCGAGGGUGCCAUCGCCGACCUCAAGAUGACCCUCGAGGAGCUCCCGGAAGAUGACGAGUACCUCAAGAGUGCAUUCGAGCAGUACGAGGAGCGCAUGGCGCGAUACCAGGAGGAAGCAGACCAGAACAAGUCUCAGUACGCCGAGCUGCAAAGCGGCAUGACCAAAUCUCGCAAAGAGCUCUCCGCCAAGUUCUCCGAGCAGGGAAAGCACCAAUCCGACAAGGACAAGUACGAGCGUCAACUUCAGAGUCGCAUGGAGCUGGUUCGGCAGGCUGCGGAAGUCCACGGAUUCCGAGGCUAUGACGGCGAUCUGAAGGACAGCCAAAUCAAGACCUUCACUGAACGCAUUCAGAAGCUUCUCGCCGACAAGAAGCGCGACUUGGAGCGUGUGCAAAAGGAGAAUGCUCGCGAACUGGACCAGGCCACGAGCGUCAUCACGGAGCUCGAGGGUCGCAAGGCGACCAUGACCCAGAACCGGGUGUUCGCCAAGCAGCGUUUGGGCGCGAUUGAGAAGCGCGUCAACGUCUUGCAGAUGGAUAUCAAUCGCCUGGACAUUGAUGAGGGCGCAAAAGCCGUCUUAGACAGCCAGUUCGAGGACGUCGAGAGCCGACUUCAGAAAGCCAACGAGGCCUUGGCCAGUGCCGAUUUCGACACCCUCCUGCAGCAAGACAACGAGAAGCUAUGGCAGUUGGAGAGCGAGAAUGAGAAGCUGGGCCGCGAGUUGAUGGAGUGCACAAGACUUGCCUCCGAGCGAGCGCAGCUGGACCUGCGCAAGAAGGAGUUGACGGACCGCAAGCGCAAACUCGACACUCUCACAAACACUUGGAAGCCCAAGCUUGACACGCAUGUCGGCCCCACCUGGCAGACGGAGACCCUCGAGGCUCAGUAUCACGACGCUAUCAAGCGCCAGAACAAGGUGCUCGCGGAAGCUAGGCAGAAGCGGGACUCAGCGAGAGACAAGCACCAGAAGGUUGACUACAGGCUGAAGAGCGCCAGGGAGACUGGCCAGAAGAAGACGUCCGAAGCGACGCGCUGUCGAGAUGCUGUGGUUGGCGCCCUGAAGUCAGUUCGGGAUGGCGCCACUAUUGACGACUACGAAGAGGAGGUCAAGUUGCAUGAGGAAGAUGUGGAAACCUACCAAACCGACAUCAGUCUCCUUGAUGCACUGGCCGACUACUACCGCGGCUGCCAGAAGACUUUGCAAGACAAGAACAAGUGUCGACUUUGCGAUCGAUCGUUCGACGACAAGCAGAACGUCGCCAAGUCUCGAUUCUCAGACAAGCUCGUCAAGUUCCUUGACCCGAACAAGAAGGAGAAGGCAGAGGAGGAUCUCGCCAACUCCACUGCCCUCCUCGGCUCGCUGCGCAAGGUCAAGCCGCAGUACGAGACAUACCAGAGACUGAUGGCUGAGGUCCCCGGCAUCAAGGAGGAGUGUUCGUCGCUCGAAGCUGAGUGCGAGACACUGGAGAGACAACUAGAGGAGCACGAUGCCGUCGUCAGUGCCGAAAGCGACAAGCUGAACGACAUUGAGUCUUUGAACAAAACCGUCAUCAACAUCACUCAGGCCCUCCGAGACAUCAAGGAUUCCGAGUCCCAGGUUGAUCGGAUCAUGUCUCAGCAGUCAUCCAACGUUGCCAGCCGCAGCGCCGACGACAUCCAUGAACUCCAAGCAUCCUGCAAUGAGCAGAUCAGGUCUCUGAAGAACAAGAUCCUGAAGACUUCGACUGAUCGUCAACGAAUGAAGGAUCAGCUAAACGCUCUUGAGUUGGAGAAGAGUGAACUGAAGAACAAGCUCAGCAAAGCCAUGAACCAGCUCGAGCGCAAGAAGGACUUCCAGAACCAGAUCCAGACUUUGAAGGACGACCAGAACCAUCAGAGAGAGCUGAUCAGCAAGGCGGAUGAGGACUUGGAGACUAUCGAGCCUGAGAUUGCCGAGGCGAGGUCAGUCCGAAAUGAUACGCUGCAGCGUGGUCGCGCCAAGGAGCAGGCCAUUGCGGAGGAGCGCGACAAGGUGUCCGACUCUGUCACGGAGCUGAAGAUGGUCGAGAGUGAUAUCCAAGACUACGUCGACCGCGGUGGUCCGUCCAACUUGGCAUCCAACCAACGCGCUAUCGCAACCCUCGAGAAGACGAUCGCUAGUCUGGACAAGGAAAUUUCGGACUUGACGGUUCGUACCAACAAGCUAAAGCAGGAUAUCGACAAUGGCGAUCGCAAGAAGCAGAACAUCAGCAACAACAUCAAGUAUCGUCAGAACUUGCAUGAGCUCGAGGUGCUCCGGCAGGCUAUUCAGGAGUUGGAGGCUCGUGAUGCCGACGAGGACUACAAGACUUUGGCUGCUGAGGCGAAGCAGUUGGAGAAUCGCCACAGCCGGCUCGUCGCGGACCGGGGGUCUCUGAUGGGACAAAUGAAGACCAAAGAUGAGGAACUGGGCCGAACAGUGGCCGAAUGGGAGCAGGAGUACAAGCAUGCUGCCAAGAAGUACCGCGAGUCUCACAUCAAGGUCGAGACCACCAAGGCUGCGAUUGAGGACCUGGGCCGUUACAGCGCCGCGCUGGACAAGGCCAUCAUGCAAUACCAUGGCCUCAAGAUGGAGGAGGUCAACCGCAUCGCCGGCGAGUUGUGGCAGAGUACCUACCAAGGUACUGACAUCGACACCAUCCUCAUCCGCUCCGACAACGAGAACGCGACCACCGGCCGCCGUUCCUACAACUACCGCGUCUGCAUGGUCAAGCAGGACACGGAGAUGGACAUGCGCGGCCGCUGCUCCGCGGGACAGAAGGUGCUCGCCAGCAUCAUCAUCCGCCUCGCCCUGGCCGAGAGCUUCGGCGUCAACUGCGGCCUCAUCGCCCUCGACGAGCCGACGACCAACCUCGACAAGGACAACAUCAAGAGCCUAGCCGAGAGCCUGCACGCCAUCAUCAAAGCCCGCCAGGCGCAGAGCAACUUCCAACUCAUCGUCAUCACCCACGACGAGGAGUUUCUCCGCCACAUGCGCUGCAGCGACUUCUGCGACAGCUUCUUCCGCGUCAGGAGAGACGACAAGCAGAACAGCGUCAUCACCAAGGAGAGCAUCACCAGGGUUUUGUAA